GAAGAGCGAAAACUAAGGGGUGGAGAGAGAAAGAGAACAACAUCAGAGAAACAGAAAAACAAAAUUAAAAUUAUUAUGGAUCAUAGCUUACGUUGUUUUGGGACACUACCCAAACUUUCUAUUCUAUUACCACUUUCUCUUCUUCUCUUCACUUUCGCCAACGCAGCCUUCGACCUCGCCACCAUACCCUUCAACGACGCCUAUUCUCCGCUCUUCGGAGAUGCCAACGUUGUUCGCUCCGACGAUGGCAACGCCGUUAAACUCCUCCUCGAUCGCUUCACUGGUUCUGGUUUCAUUUCCUCUAGUAUGUACCAGUAUGGAUUCUUCAGCGCCAAAAUCAAGUUGCCAUCCAAUUAUACUGCUGGAAUUUGCGUCGCCUUUUAUACAUCAAACGGUGACGUAUUCGAGAAGGCCCACGACGAGUUGGACUUUGAAUUCUUAGGAAACAUCGCCGGAAAACCGUGGCGGUUUCAGACGAACUUGUACGGCAACGGAAGCACGAACCGUGGGCGUGAGGAACGUUACCGUUUGUGGUUUGAUCCAACCAAAGAAUACCACAGAUACAGCAUCCUUUGGACUGCCACGAACGUCAUAUUUUACAUUGAUGAAGUUCCAAUUAGAGAAAUAUUACGAAGUGAGGAAAUGGGAGGUGACUACCCAUCCAAGCCAAUGUCAUUGUAUGCUACCAUAUGGGAUGCCUCGAAUUGGGCCACAUCCGGUGGAAAAUACAAAGUUAACUAUAAGUAUGCACCUUUUGUGACCGAAUUUAAGGACCUAGUCCUAAAGGGUUGCUCCGCCGAUCCCAUCCAAGAGAUCUCCGGCGACGAGGCUUGCUCCGGCCAACACGCCGACCUCGAAGCGCAAGACUACGCCACCGUGACCCCCUUGCGCCGCCUCGCCAUGCGACGGUUCCGCCAGCGUUACAUGUACUACUCAUAUUGCUAUGAUACGUUAAGAUACACCGUGCCACCACCCGAAUGUGUUAUUGUGCCUUCGGAGAAACAAAGGUUUAAGGAGACCGGACGGUUGAGAUUUGGCGGCAGCCACCGCCGGCAAUCUAGACGGAGGGGCCGUACAACAACUCCGGUGGAAGAUACCGAUCAGGAUAUGUGAUGAUUGAUAUUGAGAUGUAUAUAAUAGUGUCCAUUUUUUUAUGGAUUUAUUGGUGGCUUUUUUGGCAAUAUAUAUUAUUUAUUUGUUCAAAGGCAUAAAUAAACCGAGUGAUUAUUAUAUAUGGUUUUCUAAUAAAUGUGUUUUGGUAUUGUGCUUGUGUUA